UAACAUGACAUCAGUACUUCUGAUUAUAGGAAUAGCUAUUUGCCUUAGACUAUGUGCUCUCGCAUUCGACAUAAAACCUGUUUGACUAGCUCACCCGGCACCUGGGGAUAGUAGUUUCACAUUUGUUUUGGAGAGAGAUGCCCUCAGGUGGCUACAAGUGACUUUAGGUUUUGCCUGAGAUAUUGGAUUGGUUACAAGAAUGUCCCGAUGCCAUUUCAACACUGUCUUAUGAUGUAGUGAAACCCCCGUUGACCUCAUUUUCUGCAAUGCUUGUCCUUGAAUUCUUGGAGCCAGGAAGUCAUGUCUGCCGGCAGCACCAGACGCAGCUGGGGGCCCGGCAGCCACAGGCCCGGACCCAGCCGGAGCAGCAGCCAAAGGUCGUCAUAUGAGGAGCGCUGUGUGGACCCAGUGGAAGACGGGCUACCCACCCCAGAGCCAAAGGUGGUCCACAAAGCUCACCUGAAAGAUGCUAAUGGAAAGGAGUCUGAGACCAUCGGCUUCAUUCCUGGCUCAGCUGAGCCUUCCUCUGCGACACAAACCUGCAACCCCUGCGCUUCUCCGAGGAGCUGUAGGACUUUUAUAUGCAACGUGCUCACCUGCGGCCUGUACAGGGUUUGCCAGUGCACCAUCCUUGCUCCGUGCUUGGCGCCAAACGAGAGCUCCACAGACGAACCGGAGAAGGUGAGCCUCCGAGCCGUGAACGCGGGACAAAACAAAGAAGAAGACGGCGCAGACUGGCUGGGGGAUGUCCACAUCGGUGGAGUGAAAGUGGACCGCGCAAGACAGUAUGUAGAGGCUGAAACUAAUUCAUACCCGCUUCUGUCUGCUGGUCAAACGCAGCCCAGUCAUCCGUCCCUGCAUGAGUCUAUGAGGUUUGAUGACUGGGAGGAUGGCGAUGAGAAUGUAGACUCCCUGAUUACUAAGAAGCUGCUGGAGCUCUACUCUGAAUAUCAAAUCGAAGAGUUGGCCAGGUGCACCUCAGACUCCGUGUUUCUGAAGAAGAGCAAGGCCAUCAACCAGCUCAUCAACUCGCUGGCAGAGGAGCACAAAAUGGGUGAGCAGGAAGCUGAGUGCAGGCUGGUGCGAGGCAUCAUACGCAUCAGCACCCGGAAAAGCACAAAGAGGAGGCCCCCCACCUCCAGGAGGGAGAGGACGCUGUCGGACAGCGGCAACGAGACGAUGAGGGACAGCGACUCCUUCUCAUUCAGCAAUAACAAUGACUACAAAUCAAAUCCCAACAUCCAAAUAUCAGACCUGACCUCCUCUGAUCAGUGUGCCAGGGAGAUGUGGAGGAACAAUGGAGGUCACACUUCUAGUUCUCCGACAGCCUACUCGCCCUCUCACACAGAGACUAAUUCUUCAGGUGUUCCACUGAUUCCCAGCUCUGUGAGGACAUGAGUCCUGCUCCACACCGGCGAUCUUCUCUUACCUGACAUGCUGUGUCCACAAGGUCAUGCACAGGACGUUGAAAGGAGACACUACUUGCACAGGAGUCUGUGGCUGAGCCAAGCUUUUUGUAGAGACCAUGGCUUUGCUGUGGAAUAGAAAAUGUGAAAAUUCACAUUGUCUGAAGGACUUCAGUGUACUCAGGGCUCUGUGUGUAGAUAUUUAUGAUUAGUAAAUAAUAUAUGUGUAUUUGAAGGAUUGAUUGAUUGAUUGAUUGAUUGAUUGAUUGAUUGAUUGAUUGAUUGAUUGCCCUGCAGGCAGACAUCAACAGCAGCUCUUAAGGCCAGUUCACGUGUUCUGCGUCCAGAUGCGAUCCAGUGCAUCCAGUGUCUAUACCUGCUUUAUCCAUAGCAAGCCACAGGGGGCUGGAGCCUGGAAGAGCACUCAGAGAAGACCCCCGUGGGCACACAUACCCCUUUUCGACCAAGCUGGUUUCUGUACUAGUUCGAAGCCAGAGCCUGACUUAGCACCAGUUCUUUGUGUUUCCACCACCUGAGCACUGGCUCCAGGU